UAUAUACCGCGCUUUUCGGUCCUUGCGUAACGUCGUUCUUGCUAAAGAGAAGACAGUUGCUUCCAUAAUGGCAAUUCCUGAUGAAGUAUUUGAUCUUGUUUCAAAAGUUUCGAAUGGAAAUGGAAAUAUGGAGGAUUAUGAACGCAUUUGUUUGAUUCUAUCUAAUCUGACAACUACAGAACUGAGUUCUGUUUUUCAAAAAUGUGAUAUUUUAAAAGCAUUGAUGUCGAUUGAUUUACAUGACAAGUUUGUUUAAUCUUCUACGCAAUAAUCGUUUUGCUUUUAGACAGUCUGCUCAAAUUGCGAUUAAAUUAGCUUCCAUUGUAUUCUCCCUCAUACCUUUAUUUGACUUUGUUCAAUCUCACCAAGAAGAGCUGCUUUUAAUACUUGAAUCGACGAAACUCGAUUUGAUUGAGUUUAUUUUGAAAAGGGUAAUCGCAUCCUUACAUUUCAGUUAUGCAUGAAGCUAAGAGCUGGUGUAGUUGAACCUAGUUGUUCAGUAGACAAUCUACCGGAAUGCAUUUUAAAGUCAAUAACUAGAUUAGUUCUUCAUGAAAAACUUUCUUUAUCUAUGGAAGCCCAAAAUUUCCUGAUAACUUUGGCUACAAAAUGUCCUCUUGGUUUAAAAAGCGUUUUAGGGCCCAAUGUAGUCGGUGCAUUAAAUCCACUGUGUUCUAAAUCUGAGCAUUUAAUAAGAGUUUCUGAAUUUGCUGUACAUCUGGUUUCCAAACAACCUGAAGUGUUCAAAGACGUUGAAAAUUCUGGUUUGUUUCAACCUAUUUUGGAUGGUUUAAAUUCAAGAGAUCCUCUAGUCCGCUUGAACUGGUUAGAAUUAGGGAAAUUGUUGACUGUUUCAGAGAUGGGUUAUCACUUUCUGAAUAGGCAAGGUGUGUUCUCUAGAUUAUUGGACGAUUUGUAUUCUUCUGCUUCGGAUCCAUUAGGUGAUUUACUACUUCCAGGAUACAUUGGAUUUUUUGGUAGUCUUGCUAAGCGAGACCCUGACCAUUGGUUAGGGUCAAAAAGCGAUGGAAGGUUUAAGAAUGUAUUAUCAGAUGCGGUCGAUAAUAAUGCUAUCAGUAUUUCUAUGGUGGCAUUUGAAUCUAUUAGCUGGAUAGCGACUACACCAACAGGUCGGAUUACCUUAGAUAAGUUAUUUGCUAAAGGUGGCUCAUUUGAUAGUGUUUUGAACAAGCUUUUUAUAUUUAUUUCCAAUUCACCAACUGAGAUAUGCACUAGAGCUGUCGAAUGCUAUAGUUUUCUUCUACGUCGACCUGAUGGGAUAGAUUCAGAAGGCUUAUUUGCCGAUGCUGUACUUUCUCUUAACUGGGCAAUAAUUUCUUGUCAAAAAAGCAUUGAUACAACAAAUUCCAAUUCAGUUGAAGAUAAAGAAUUAUUAAUUGCUCCACUACUGAAACGCCUUUAUUCUCUUGCAACUCAACCAUUUUUUGAGGUGCGUGUAGCAGUAUUCAAUGCUAUCGAUGCGAUUGUAACGCAGGUUAUAGGCAACUGUUGGGAAACCAUGGAAUAAAAAGAAUUCAGGUAAUUUUGUUACGUUCGUUGUUCUUGCUCUAUUUAAAUUUAUCGUGUUUAAAUAAAAUAACGAAACUGACUGAAGAAUAGGGUGAUUCCAUUGUAUUUCGUUGUUUUCUCUUUAACUAAAUACAAGUUAUCAAGUUUAACUACUUUAAACUAUUAACGUAAUUUUAGGUCUGAAAAUGAAUUGUCCAACAGUAAGUAACAAGAUGCAUAGGAUAUGAAUGUUAAUAUGGUUAGGAAUAAAGUUUUAACAGGAUUUUUCUAAUGCUAAAUGUGACAGUUCUAGAAUAUUCUAAGAUAAUUUUCAUAAUGUAUUAACGUAUCUAAAAGGUUUAGAAAGAAAUAAACUAAGCUGAGAAAAGCCUGAACUCACUAGUUUAUCAUUAUAAUAAAUUGGAUAAGAUUAAAACGAGAGGUCGAAAUUCUUUGGCUACUUAGUUUAUUCAGUUACUCUAUUUGAGCACAUAGGCUAGAUUUAAGCCUUUUAGUUGCUAUGGCUCCCUCAAAUUUUGAUUAUAUAGAAUUAGAGAACCUAAUGAUUAUUUCGAAUACUCUCAUUGCAUCCACUUCAUAUCCCGUUUUCAUUAGAUGUAGUACUAUAGAAAUACGAAGCAAAUAUUUUCCUUUGAGCUAAAGGUUCUUUGGAGCAUAUUCAAUUCAACGUGUAGAUGCCUGUCUUUCUUCCUGUUUUUUACAAGUACAUGUGAAUUGAUAUAACCAGUUAAAGGUGAUACGUGCUAGCUAUUUAUCUACCUAAGUUUGUGUUGUUGGACAUCGCAUUCUAUGCAACAGAAACAAUUUAGCAGCAGAAAAUAUGUCCUUCGAAGCUAUCUUAAGUCUUUGAUUUUAGUCAUGAUCAUGUGACUCACGCUUGACAUGCAGGUAUAGUCAAGCCAAAUCGCAUGAAUAUGGUGUACCACCUGUUUCUAUAAUUAAUUCUUUGUCAUAAAUUGACCCGAUGGUUAGCUAGCAAACUUGAACCAACUUAUAAGAAGUUGGCUGUAUACAGUUUAAGGGAUACGUUUGAGUUUGCAAUAAUUGAAAAAAUAAAUAUAUCAAAUAAACUUAUGGUUUCAUACAAAAUAUCUUCACUGUUUGCCAUUAUCCCUUUGGAAAAAACAAUUGAUAUUAUCAGCCAACACUCACAACACAUAUCCAUACGGCGGAUGCAAUUUAGACAUCUACUAUAUCUAUGCACAGAAAAUGUUCAGUUCCAAUUUAAUGGUAAGUUAUACUGUCAAGCAGACGGUUUGGCUAUGGAAAUCCCUUCAGGACCAGUCGUAGCUGAUAUAUUCAUUUUAAAUGUAUAAGGUCCAAAGUUAAUGUCCUCUAUCAGCGAGAUUGUACUUUGUGUAAAGUGCGUUGAUGAUACUUUCGUGUUGUUCAACGGCAUAAAUCAUGUAAGCCAAAUACUUGAAACUUACAACUAAGUCCAUUCCAGUAUCUGAUUUACAUUGGAACAUAAGAGAAUAUAUGUUCCACACCGUAGAUCUAAGUAUCUCUCGCAGAAAUGAUGGGACAUGUCAAAGAUACAUAUAUCGGGAAAAAAAACGUGGAGUGGGCAAUACUUUCAUAGCAUUCGCUCUUUAAGUUAUAAAUACGGAUACAAACUUAAAUUACUCAUCUUGUAAUGCUUUGCAUACCUGUCACCUUUUUCUUUGUGUAAAACAGCCCUGGGGAGUUCGACAAAUAACACGACAACCCGGAUUUUUCGAAUAUUUGCUUAAUCGUCAAACGGAACUCGGAUUUCCAGAUAAAAUACAACUUGUGCAAGCCAAAUUAGACAUUAUGAACAAUAUGCUGAAGACAUACAAAGUAUGGAGUUGUAGUGAAUGUAAAUCAUUCCAAAAUUUGAUUGACAGACAACAGUUGAAACUAAUACAGCUUUAUAUAAAGGAAGGAUUAUGGGGUGUUGUAAAAUCUGAGGCUGCGGUGGCUCUUGAACCUGGCUAACUAAUUGAUAAUGUAAAGAAUGUAAACGAUAUAUGCAAACAUAUUUUUCCUUUUUGUUGGUUGGUUUUCUUAAAUGUUGUGAUUCUUAACUUCUAGUGAUAUGAUUCACAUAUCAAUUCUUUAAAAUAAGAAAUUUUUACAACAA